UUCUCCCGUCGAAAAUCUUUUGAACUUUUGAACCUCAACACCCAAAGAAGUCGACCACCGCCAACAUGUCGCACCGUAAAUUCGAAGCUCCCCGUCACGGAUCCCUUGCUUAUCUCCCAAGAAAGAGAGCAAGCCGUCACCGCGGAAAGGUCAAGAGGUGAAGCAUUUACCCCAAUUUCUAUUUGGUUGCGAUAUUCACAAAAUUGCUCGAAUCAAUUGAUAUCUACCAGCAAAGUUAUUUCGUGGAGAAUUUUCACUAACUUCUCAAUUUCAACCAGUUUCCCCAAGGAUGAUAAGACCAAGCCAGUCCACCUUACUGCCACUCUUGGUUAUAAGGCUGGUAUGACUACCAUUGUCCGCGAUCUCGACCGUCCUGGUGCGAAAACACACAAGAAGGAGGUCGUUGAGGCAGUGACUGUCAUUGAGACACCACCGGUACGAACAACGCAGCCCGCUUGGCUCAAGCCAAUGGCUAAUAUCUUUUUAGGUUAUCGUUGUUGGUCUAGUGGGUUACAUUGAGACUCCUCGUGGUCUCAGAUCCCUUACAACUGUCUGGGCCGAACAUUUGAGCGACGAAGUUAAGCGCAGAUUCUACAAGAACUGGUACAAGAGCAAGAAGAAGGCUUUCACCAAGUACGCCAAGAAGCACUCUGAGAACAGCGGAUCUUCCAUCACCCGUGAACUCGAGCGUAUCAAGAAGUACUGCACCGUCGUCCGUGUCCUCGCCCACACUCAAAUCAGAAAGACUCCUCUCAAGCAAAAGAAGGCCCACUUGAUGGAGAUCCAAGUUAACGGAGGUAGCGUCGCUGAGAAGGUUGACUUCGCCAGCGGUCUCUUUGAGAAGCCAGUUGAGAUCGGCUCCAUCUUCGAGCAAGAUGAGAUGAUCGAUGUCAUCGCUGUCACCAAGGGUCACGGUUUCUCCGGUGUCACCAGCAGAUGGGGAACCAAGAAGCUUCCGAGAAAGACACACAAGGGUCUCCGUAAGGUUGCCUGUAUCGGUGCCUGGCAUCCAGCCCACGUCCAAUGGACUGUUGCUCGUGCUGGUCAAGAUGGAUACCAUCACCGUACCUCUUGCAACCACAAGGUUUACCGUAUCGGCCGUGGUGACGACCCCAACAACGCCGCCACCGAGUUCGAUGUCUCCAAGAAGGCCAUUACCCCGUAAGUUUCCAAAGUUCAAUAUUUCUGAUGAUGCACCAACUAACAAAAAUUUCAGCAUGGGUGGCUUUGUUAGAUAUGGUGAGGUCAAGAAUGAUUACAUCAUGCUCAAGGGUUCCGUUCCUGGUGUCAAGAAGCGUGUCAUGACUCUCAGAAAAUCUAUGUUCGUCCACACCUCAAGAAAGGCCUUGGAGAAGGUCGAGUUGAAAUGGAUCGAUACAUCCUCCAAAUUCGGUCACGGUGCUUACCAAACCGCCGAGGAGAAGCACACUUUCUUGGGUACCCUCAAGAAGGACAUUGCUCAGUCCUCGUAAAUUUAAAAUUUGGUUCUGCAUUUCUGGUUUCUGGCUUUUCGAUAGGUGUAGUCGGUGGGGGUAUCAUAUGUGCAAUAAUGCAGUCCAUGAUUACCCAUGGAUAUACUAGCAUAACAUCAAUGAAGAAAUGUCAAUGAUAUCCAAU